AUGGACCCCGAGGAAGUGUUUGGUGGCCUCUUUGGUGGUGAGCGCUUCCGUGACAUUAUCGGCACCGUGAGUCUUGGGCGGGAGAUGAAGGAAGCAUUGCAGAAGGACUCGAGUGAGCUCCAGGCUGAAGCGGAGGGCCAGACUGACCCUGGAUCCAAGCUGACGCCUGAGCAGGAGGCUGCCAAGGAGCAGGAGGCACAACGCCUUGCGAAGGAGAAGGAGGUGCAGCGGCAGGAGCGCGUAAAUGAGCUGGCCGAUAAACUAGCGCGCAAGCUGAGCAUUUAUGCGGAGAGCGUGCACACGGCCGACAACGAGACGCAUGCAGACGAGGCGCGUGCUGGCUUUAGUGAGAUUGUGCGCCUAGAGGCCGAAGAGCUCAAGCAGGAAAAGUACGCAACGCGCACUGACCGCAGUUUUGGCGUGGAGCUACUGCAUGCCGUGGGCUUUGUCUACACGGCCAAGUCGCGGCACUACCUAGCGGCGCAUGGCAUGUUUGGAACCCUAAGUGGCUUCUUCCAUGCGGCCUCGAGCUCCAUUCACACCGUGCGUGAGACGGUAUCAACGCUCCACGCGGCGCUCGAGCUGAAGAAGGUGUUCGAGGAGCUCGCCAAGGCUGAGGACGAGGGUAUCACAGAGGAGCGCAAGAAGCAGCUCGAGGACAAGGCAGCGGAGAAAGGUCUGCGCACACUCUUUAAGAGUGCUAAACUCGAGGUCGAGAGCAUCGUGCGCGACGUGUGCGAUCGCGUGCUGUAUGACGAGCAGGUAUCCAAGCCCCUGCAACGCCUGCGUGCCGAGGCGCUGGGCCUCGUUGGCGACGUGUACACACGUACGGAGGCUGAUGAGACGCCCGCCGCUAGUUCGUAA